AUGCAAGACUUGCAAGUAUUGGCUUCCAUUUUCGCGGUAAUGCUCGUAUGUUAUUGGCGCACGCAUUUGGCUACGAUGCACAGAUACAGAGGCCAAGUGCCCUCGCUCUGA